UUCUUCAGCCCACCAGUGCUUACAAGACCAGGGCAGGACACUGGUUGAGGGAAGCUAAUAUGUGUUGAUUUUUUAGGACUAGAGUGCAUUGGACAUCUCAGCCAGAGAAGAGCUGGAGUUUGGCACCUUGCCUCCCCUGGUCCAGUAGAAGGGGCUGGAGGCUGCACUGUUCCUAGGCACAGAGGUAGAGUCUGUAGUAUAUGGGAGGGCCUUACAUCAAUGCUCAGUAUAAUCUGGGCUGAGGACACACUGGGAGUGUUUUUCCAUAACCACAGUAUGUACAUUUCUAACGAUGCUCUGUGUGGUUACCUACCUGCUCAUCAGGGUUUACAGCCUAGGUCUCGUGUCUAACAUCCUCUGAUGGUACUUGGAUUUUUCUAAGACUGGCAGCAGUCGGCUUAUACAAAUAAGUGGUGUGGGAGGCCUGCCUUUUGCCUAUUUAUCCUAGAUAACAAUUGUGAGAAUUUCUACGGAGUCUGGUUUUUGGCUGCUUUCUGGUGUCGUUUCUUAAGUUAUCCAUGCAAGCUGUGGCUCCACCUUGCAGAAACCAGAGGAAAGGAAGGUGUAAGAAAUUGUGCUUUCUCAAGAGCUGGUCUUACAGGUCACUUCAUUCGUGCAGCUCCUAAGUUCACUUUGCCUGUAAGGGGCCUUACAGCUGACUAUGGAGCCUACUGCUGUUUUCUUCCAAGACCUUGCUUCUUAAAGUACCUAUUGCUUUCUGAUUUUGAGAGGAGAGAAAAACUAGGUGCACUCUUCCUUACCCUAUGGGUUCUGUGUCUGAAGUUGGGUCAGGCAUUCCAGUGGCUUCAACUACUGGCCUUGAAGAAUAAAAGCUUACCCAAUAGGCCUGAGCAGUCUUCCCUCACCGCACCUGGACAUGAACAGUACUGGCGACCUAGGGGUCAGCACGGCAAGCAAUGGUAACAGCAGGUAUUAUCUGUGCUUGGCUUCUUCACCCGACUCUGUGGCCCUGCCUUCUAGCCUGCUGUCUGCCCGGAUUCCCACAGCAGAAGGUUGGACUGAGGCACCAAGGAGCUUACUCCAACUCUAAACUGCAGGUGGAUUAUCUCUAGCUCUGUGCAGAACAUAGCCAGGUGUCACCGGCUGGAGUAGUGAGAACGAGACAGCCAUUGCUCUUAUGGCCUUAACUGGACCGCUGCUGGCAAACCUCAAUGUGUGUGAUGACAGGGAUGUGCACCAGCCGCAGGGAGUGGAAAGUGCUCGCUGCGCCAAGUCCUCGGACGCUGGUACCAACGGAAGCUGCUGCUCCUAACUCCAGCCAGCACGGUCACCACCAAGCUAGCGUAGGUCGUCCUGCCAGUGGCCUUUUGGGACACCUCCGAUCACAACGCAGGGCCUCGACCAUUCACCGAGCUAACAGCACGGUGGCGCCAGAGCUGGCAGCCCCACUCCCCUUGUCCGCUUGUCGCUGGAUCACGUGACAUCGUAUGGCGCAACGAGAUGACGCACCCUGGCGCAGCCGUCGCCUCUGCCUCACGGUCACGUGGGGAAGCCGUCGCAGCGUGAUGACUCAAAGCCCAGCCCCUGAGCGCUGUCCCGCCCCGCCCCGCCGCCACCGCCGCGCCGAGUCCUUUUGUCCAAGAUGGCGGCGCCGGGGGCGCUGCCUCCUGGGCCGCCGCCGCCGCCGCCGCUGUGAAGGACUCGCGGGCCGCCCGCCCGCCGCGCCGGCGCCAUGAAGCGGCAGAGCGAGCGAGACUCCAGCCCGAGCGGGCGUGGCUCGUCGUCGUCGGCAAAGCGGCCACGGGAACGCGAACGGGAGGCGGAGGCGGGCGGGCGGCGAGCGGUGCAUAAGGCCUCCGGCGGCGCCAAGCACCCAGUUCCAGCGCGGGCCCGCGACAAGCCCCGCGGUAGCGGGGGCGGCGGCGGAGGACAUCGCGACGGCCGCGGCGCCGGGGACGCAAAUCACCGUGCGAGCAGCGGACGCUCCUCGGGCUCUGGAGCCGGCGGCGGUGGACGCGGCAGCAAGGCCUCGGGGGACCCGGGCGCCUCGAGCGCGUCUCCCCGCGCAUCUCCACUGCCGCCGCCGCCCCCGCCUCCCGGAGCCGAACCAGUAGGUCCUGGCUCUGCAGCCGCGCCGGAGUAUAAGACGCUGCUCAUCAGCAGCCUGAGCCCCGCGCUGCCCGCCGAGCAUCUGGAGGACCGGCUAUUCCACCAGUUCAAGCGCUUCGGCGAGAUCAGUCUGCGCCUGUCGCACACGCCUGAGCUGGGGCGCGUGGCCUACGUGAACUUCCGGCAUCCACAGGACGCGCGAGAGGCCCGCCAGCACGCCCUGGCCCGCCAGCUGCUCCUGUAUGAUCGCCCGCUCAAGGUGGAGCCGGUGUACCUGCGCGGCGGUGGCGGGAGCAGCCGGAGAAGCAGCAGCAGUAGUGCCGCUGCCACCACGCCGCCUCCGGGGCCUCCCGCGCCUGCCGACCCGCUUGGCUACCUGCCGCUGCACGGAGGCUACCAGUACAAGCAGCGCUCGCUGUCUCCGGUCGCUGCCCCGCCCUUGCGCGAGCCCCGAGCCCGGCACGCCGCUGCAGCCUUUGCCCUGGAUGCCGCUGCCGCUGCCGUGGGACUGUCCCGAGAGCGGGCCCUAGACUACUACGGGCUGUAUGACGACCGCGGGCGCCCGUACGGCUACCCUGCCAUGUGCGAAGAGGACCUGAUGCCUGAGGACGACCAGCGGGCCACUCGAAACCUGUUCAUCGGGAACUUGGACCACAGCGUGUCCGAGGUGGAGCUGCGUCGGGCCUUUGAGAAGUAUGGUAUCAUUGAGGAGGUGGUUAUCAAGAGGCCUGCCCGAGGGCAGGGUGGGGCCUAUGCUUUCCUCAAGUUCCAGAACCUGGACAUGGCCCACAGAGCCAAGGUGGCCAUGUCAGGCCGUGUGAUUGGCAGAAAUCCCAUUAAGAUAGGUUAUGGCAAGGCCAACCCCACAACUCGCCUCUGGGUGGGUGGCCUAGGACCCAACACUUCCCUGGCAGCCCUGGCACGGGAGUUUGAUCGCUUUGGAAGCAUUCGGACCAUUGACCACGUCAAAGGAGACAGCUUUGCCUAUAUCCAGUACGAAAGUUUGGAUGCAGCCCAGGCGGCCUGUGCAAAAAUGAGGGGCUUUCCUUUGGGUGGCCCUGAUCGCAGACUCCGGGUAGAUUUUGCCAAAGCAGAAGAGACUCGGUAUCCCCAGCAGUACCAGCCCACUCCCCUUCCUGUGCACUAUGAGCUUCUCACAGAUGGAUAUACCCGGCACCGAACCCUGGAUGCAGACUUGCGAGUGCGAGAUAGGACCCCUCCACACCUUCUAUACUCAGACCGAGACAGGACCUUUUUGGAAGGGGAUUGGACCAGCCCCAGUAAAAGUUCUGACCGCAGAAACAGUCUGGAGGGUUAUAGUCGCUCAGUGCGCAGCCGGAGCGGUGAGCGCUGGGGAGGGGAAGGGGACAGAGGCAUGCCCAAGACCUGGGAAGACAGGCGCAAGCGGAGGAGCCUUUCCAGUGACAGAGGGAGGACUCAUUCUCCAUAUGAGGAACGGAGCAGGACCAAGGGUGGUGGGCAGCAGACUGAUCGUGGCUCGGACCGUACCCCUGAACGGAGCCGCAAGGAAAACCACUCUGGUGAAGGGAACAAGGAGUCAGGCAGCAACUCCCUCAGCAACAGCAGAUAUGGGCCUGAGGAACGGAGUCACCACCACCACCACCACGAAGCUCCAGACUCUUCCCAUGGGAAGAAGACGAGAGAGAGCGAGCGCAAUCAUCGGACCUCUGAGGCCGAGCCCAAGCCUCUCGAAGAGCCAAAACAUGAGACCAAAAAGCUGAAGACUCUUUCAGAGUAUGCUCAGACGCUGCAGCUGGGUUGGAAUGGGCUUUUAGUGUUGAAAAACAGCUGUUUCCCAACAUCUAUGCAUAUACUAGAGGGAGACCAGGGAGUCAUCAGUGGUCUUCUCAAAGACCACUCUUCUGGGAGCAAGCUGACCCAGCUGAAAAUCGCACAGCGCCUUCGACUGGACCAGCCCAAGCUUGACGAGGUCACGCGACGCAUCAAGCAGGGAAGUCCCAAUGGCUAUGCCGUGCUCCUAGCCACCCAAGCAGCCCCCAGUGGGCCUGGCACUGAUGCGAUGGCCACAGUGGAACCAGGCCUGCAGAGGCGGCUUCUCAGGAACCUGGUCUCCUACUUGAAACAGAAACAGGCUGCAGGUGUGAUCAGCCUGCCAGUGGGGGGGUCCAAGGGCAGAGACAUCACGGGCAUGCUGUAUGCCUUCCCACCCUGCGACUUCUCACAGCAGUAUCUGCAGUCAGCACUGAGGACAUUGGGCAAGCUGGAAGAAGAACACAUGGUGAUAGUGAUUGUGAGAGACACUGCCUAACCCAAACUCAAAAGCAGUUAC